UGCUCGUUCGGUGAACAACUCAACUCGGCUUGAUUCCGUACGCGCCGUCAGUCGAAAUAGAAGGAGUAUCGAUCACCCCUACUCCGACUUUUUUUUCCUGUGCUUCUCGCGUUGAUCGCCGCUGCUGCUGCUGCUGUUACUGUCGAUUGGAUACGCGAGAGGUGUUUUGUUGUGUUUUAUAAACCGAGCUCAAGGCUGUGCACUUCCAGAUCUUUAGCAAUUCAGCGCCGCCUUGCCGCAGCAUUGAAAGUGCAAAGUAGAGAAGGAAAAAAAUAAGUAUAGAAAUUUUUUAACGAUUGUUCGACAAUCAUAACCUCUUUCGGUGCGCGAAUUAAGAGGAGAAGCUAAAAAAUUGGGAGAUGAUUGGUCCCCAGUAAUAGUGGCACUGUUUGUGUUUGAGUCCAGUGCGGAUGACCCAAUCGAUGAUUGGUUGUUGGUGGUAAAGUGAAAGAAGUGAGUUUCUCGCGCAUCCACAACUCGGCAAGAUUGGCGGAAAUGAUUUGAAUUUUGAUUUCCAAGUGUUGGCCAACCGAAACGUGACCGUGAGUGUGUGAUCGAAACAUCGACCGAAUUGAGAUCGCGAUCAUCGAUCGACCGGAUCAGACAGAGAGCUCUCUACCCUCUAACGAAAAAACAGGCCAACCGAAAUCGAGGAAUGAAGUGACAAUGCAGAUCCUAUUGCACUUCCGUAAACUGAUUCUGCUGCUGGCGGUGGCGUUUGAUGCCGUGUCAUAUUCAAAUGCGUUUAUUGUUCCCGAGGAACUGCCAUCUAUUCUAUCUCUAGUCUAUUCGAAUAUACCGCCCAUAAAGAAAGGAACGGACUCCCGACUUGGAUUUGGCUUCCGAUUGGGCGACCAUGCAGAUUUCCAAGUGCAGCUUGAAUUAGGACCACAGCAAAGAACUAGGCCAAUAGGAACGUUAUCCGGCAGCAGUAAACGAGACGCUGACAACGAAAACUUCCAGCAAUCGCCAUUUACAACAUCCGGUACCGCAACCUCCGGAAAGUCCUGGCUCCAAACGUGGUUCAAGGAAACGAAGAAGAAGCAACAAUUCAACAAGGAUAAAUACCGGGAUGAGUUAGCAAAUGGAACUGUCGGCAAGGGAACGGCCUCGUUGAGCUCUGCGCCUAGCGAGAUGCCAGCUUCGCCUAUGAUCAACGAAGCUGCCUUUAACCAAUUGCAGCAGCUGUACGGCAUGAAUAAACAGCAAAAGGAUGACACCAUCGGUACGGUCUCCGGAACGGAAAUGGACGAACGGCUUUUACAACUGCAGGCCUUACGGAGGGAUACGGCUGUUUCCUUCAAACCUCUACCUCCGUCAGCCGCCGAGAAUGAGGUUCAGGGUAGCGAAUUACAGUUCAAACCCCUUCCUGUGUCGACAAUGACGGCUGCUGGUGGCCAAUCGAAGCCGACGACGAUUGAAUCUAGUAAACCUUCCCCGGCACAGAUCAUCACCCCCAGGAGAAACUUGAAAAGGCGAACCAAUUCUGGACCGAACCGAAGCAACAAUCAAGAAAAGGACAAGAUAACGGCAGAACUCUCGGAUGUAUCGCUGGAUUAAAAGUGUUGGGACCUGGUUUUUUUUAAAUUGGUAUGCGCAAGAUGAAUGAGUUUGGGUGAUUGGAUGCAUGAAGAGUAUGCUUUUUAAGGUUGGAACAACUUAGAAAAAAAAUGGAACAGUGAUUAGAAGUAGCCUUUUUGUACAUACUAAGGGUGUUCAGGAUGUGAUAUUGACUUCUUAUUUAUUUUUUCGUGAAUGAUAAACUGCGAAUAAAAAAACAACCAUCAUUUAUCAUUUUCAUCGCGAAAAAAGCUGAAGUAAUUAAGUAAUAUUUAUUUGACAUUAAGGUGGAACGAAUAAAAUUCACAGGUGCAAUCAGAGACCAAAAGAUGGAUACAUUCAAA